GCGACUUCUGUAGGACGCUACCCGUCCCUACGGUGCGGCCCUGGUUGUGCCUGGACAGCGCUUCCAUGCCCUCUCAGGUACCGAUGGCACCGUCAGCAGCUCCUUCGUCACUUGGUUGGGCGAGAGGUGGUGGCAUUGGAUGAAUGGUGCCAGCGCUAGCAGGACCUGCAGGCCUCCUCCUCCUCCUCCACCACGCACACCCCUGAGCCCUGCUUUCCGCGCCCCCCUCUUCCCACCUCGCCCAGUCUCGCCAGUCCCGAAGUGGCUCACCUGUGCCUGGCCCUGUGGUCUGCCUUGGAUGUUGCUGUCCAGGACUCCAACGUCGUGUUUGCGUGCCUGUCGUCUGGUGCAGUUUUUGCCUGCCAUACAAAUCCCGGUCGACAUCCGCUUCCCAGUUUCGUACACGUUUUUUGAUCUUUCUUUUUUCUCUCUUUUCCUCAUCCAACAACGCUCCCUCUUGUUUGACCACAACCCAUUCAUUCAUUUUUCUUGGACCCUUGAGCAGUGCUCGACCAACUAUCAGUCCUACCAAUUCAUUCUUUCACAGAAGACUGUUUCGAGGUUCAUCCAAACUACCAACCAACGGAUUCAUCCCGUCUUGUCGUCACACAGAGAGUUCAGUGAACUCCCUUUUCAUCCCAACUCUACAGAACCAGCCUGCCUCAAAACAACAAGUACAUACCAAGGACUGCUCCGAGCUCCCAUCGACAACCUUGAACCUAACCAGGCUUCCCACGCUGUAGCAAGCACAUUCCCUGAUCAAGAGGCUUAGCCCAUUGCAUUCAUUUCGCUUCCAACUCCACCUUGACGGAAAGGACGAUCACCAACUUCACUAUCAAGAGGCCGUAUAAGUCUCCUGAAUCACACAAACCAAAACCACUUCGACUGCCAACCAACAGUUUUCAAGCCAAAAUGAAGACUGCCGCCUUCCUCUGCGCCGUUCUGGCUACCACUGCCAUUGCCCAGCCCCAUCAGCAUGGAAGCAAACGCCGCCAUGUCCACGGCAAGCACCAGAAGCGUCACCUCGUCACCGAGUGGGUUACCGAGACCGCCUAUGUGACCGAAUAUGUUGAUUCGACCUCCACCGUUUGGGUUGAG